AUGACUAGCAAGUCUCAACCUCCAAUUCAAGAGAAGACUUUCCAUGAAUGGUCCAAAAAUAACUUUUAUAGGACCAGUUACAUCAAUCAUUACACACAAGUAAAGGAGUAUUCUUAAUCGAUUAAGUUGCCUUAAGAGCCUAAGAAUUCAGCUGUGCCUGGAUAUGCAGGAUAUGUGCCAUAUGUGCAAUCAGAAAAUCUAUAUGGAGAGAGAUUCUCUGAAGUAGCUAGAAAGUCAUUUGCAGAUUCUAAAUUGGGCAAGUUCAAUAGAUUGUCAUCUACAGGAUUCAAUUUUGAUGCUAAAGAGUUGAUUGAUCCUCAUAAGGAAGCAUAUUCACACAAAUAUGGUUGUCAAACAUUAUUAAAAAACCAUCCUUGCACUCACAUUGAUAAAAUGAUCACUACUUAUCAAGACGGUUUCAAGAAGCCCUAAAAUCUUGUUGCUCCGACAUUUCGAAAGACUGAUAGAUAUUUAGAAACCUAAUAAGGCUAAACUAAAACUUCCGGUUUCCAGAAGAAUCAUAUGUAAUUUGAUGGAUCUGGUUGGAUUCCUCAUGAAAACAUGAAUGGUGAUUAAGUGAGAACAGAGUAUCGUAUACAAUACAAUUAAGAAAAACCCUUCCACAGAAAUCCUAUCCAAUUCAAACUAAGAAAGAUGAAAUAAACAGAAAUGAAUUAUAAGCAUACCUGA